CAUGAAUUUUACAUAUAUUUCGUCAUUUACUUAUUUUGACACUCAAUAAUUAUUAAGAUAUGACUAUAUUUUGAUAACUUUGUUAAUUAAACUCAAUUCGAAUCAAAGUCAUUCUUAAGACAAUAUCGAAGGUUUGAAUUUCUUUGUUUCUACUUGCUCCAUUCUGUUCUACAUGUAAGACGUACAUGUAAGAAUAUUUUAUGGUACAUCUAGCCAUUAUGUAAUUGAUUAUUAUAAUAUAAAUAUUACUGUCAAACAAACAGUAUUUACUAAUUACGCUAUAUAUUUUUUAAUAAAUUAGAUCUUCGGCGAAAGGCAAAUAGAAUGUAAAUCAAUCGCCGACUUUUUUGAUCUAUAAAAUUUAUGAAGACUUCAUAUUAGUUAUCGGCAAACGAUGUGGAGGAAAUUACACAAUACCCGCACAAGAAUCAAGAACAUGGAAUACGGGAUUAACCGCAUAAUAAUCGCAUGAGAAACGUAUUAGAAUGCGCGCAUUUGCAGCCCGCCUACAUUACUUAGUCUAAGCUGAACGAGCGUUUUUUUUUAUUUUUUCAUAGACCGAGCAAAUUCCGCGGGCGCGAGGCGAUGCUUUUCCACGUCGAUGUGGGAGAUCCCCACCAGGUUACUCGACAAGCACCGAGUCCCCAGGCCAGCUGAUCACCAGUCGUUUGUGAUUUUCGAAUCGCGCGGGACCGAACGCGCGCGUUCUCACCGAUCUCUUUCCUUAAUUUCUUUCCCUAUCUCGCGCGAUGUCCUCCGACCGGUGUGUGCUCGCGUUCCUCUUCGGUUUAUUGGCGUUCCUUCCGCCGCGCGAGACCCACUGCGCGACGAACGUCACGGAGCAGAUCCAGGCGGAGAACGCCCUGGCGAAGCUGGUGAAGAUGUUCUCCAAACCGGGCGCGUUCAAGCGGAUCGACGCGAUACUGGGCGAAAAUACUAUCGAGGCGUCAUUCACGAGCUGUCCCAUGGGCGAGGAGGGCCUAGAGUGCCGAAGGGCGGAAGCACGACGAUCGGUCGACUGUCCUAGAGGAGACUGUUUCUGUUACGAUUGCGCCGCCGCCGGACCUGACUUGUGGGCCUCCUGUUGCCGUGAAAGCUUGAGAUGCUGCUCUCAUCUCGCGGCGGCUUGCAGGACAUGUGAUCAUCCGACAUUGUAUCCCUUCUGCGCCAAACACUUCAAGAAGUGUCUGACGCAGUAUAACGAGAAGAAAGGCAAUUAGGCAUCAAGAUUUCUCCUCGGCGUUGUCUCAACUGUGAUAGUUGGCUUAUCCAUGACGAUCAUCGAUGAUCUUGUGACAGAAGAUAUUCGAUUUGCCUCCUACGCGAUCAAAUUGUCAAAAUUUGCAUCGUAGCCACUUUAAAAUCGAACGCUACUAACGAUCAGAAACGCGAGACAUUUAAUUUAAUCGUAUUGCAGGUUGCACAACCGAAGUUUUAUACCUCUAGAUAUAGCGUUUACCCUCGAAGUCGUUAAACUGGUCCGACCUGAUUGCUCCUGGGCCCCAACUUUGCUCGAAUAAAGAUUUCAAGUUCUGUAAUCAAUUGUACCUGAAUCUUGGUAUCUAUCAAUCUACAAGCAGACAUUUAUAUUAUUUGUGGAACAUUACUUAAUGAUAAAUUAUUAAACAGAGAUAAAAAUUGUUACGUUUUUCCAAUUUGUACACAUAAGUUAGAGAAAAGUUUUUGCUAUAAUUAAAUUCAUAACAUACAGUUAAUGCAUACUUAUAUAAAGACGUUUCUACCAACUUAUAUAUACUUACCCAAUAACAUAUAUUAAAAUUUUGGCUGUUAAUUAGGUACUCUACGUACCUUAAAGCGCCUUUUGAAAAACAAAAAAACCUUUAGGGUUUAUAGAUUUACAGAUUGAAAUCUUGGUAUAUAAAUCAAUAAAUUCAUACGUUUAAAAAUUUGCGAAUACAUAGGUUCAUAUACCACCAGCAUUUUAUUUUUUUUUUUUUCGAUCCUUGGCAAGACAUUGAAUAAUUAAGAAAUAAUUAUAACAGAACACACAUAUAAUCUUGGAUCCGCCGAUAUAAACAUAUAUUACCAAUACUAACAAAAGUCUCGUUGAUGCAUUAAUCAAAAAGAAAAAAAAAAACGAAAAUAUUACAAGAUAAAUAAAUAUCACCUUUUAAUACAAUCAUUGGUAGCUUUAUUCGUAUAGUUUCCAGAGUAUUCGGUAAUCUUUAUUUAUCCACUAAUUCUAUCAAUCGUAGGGGACAACGCUUUUCAUUCGGACAAACGUUUCAAAAUCGGUGUAUGAAUUUCGCAAUUUUUUUCCUUGAUAAAAUAAAAAAAAAAUGUGCGCACGUCACGCAGUCUUCAACGAUUUGAUAUUCAUAAAAUGUUUGUGUCCCCGCAAAACGAGCGGACAAAGUCGACCCGUAUCUUUUUCUUUCUUUUCUUGCAUUUUGCGAACGCCUUAGAAUUCUAGUUCUGCUAAAUAUUCGCCAUCCCUCGUUUCUGUCGUGUAGCGAAAAGAGAGUUUGUUUUUUCUUCUUUUUUAGGAUAUAAAAUUCUCUCGCACUUUGAAAGUGCUUAAUUGCUAACAGCACCACACAGAGAUUAAAAAGAGACAAGACUAGAAAAGAAAAUUAGAAAGAAAUGUAUUCCUUUUAUUUAUGAGAAACGAGACGCGAUUACCGAAUGCUGAUAAUCUAUUUGUGGAUAAUGAUAAUGAUGAAUAAUGAUGGUAAUGAUGAAUAAUGAUGAUAAUCACGAUGCUGAUAAUAAUGACGAUGAUGAUGAUGAUAAUUUAUUUUUUACCGAAUCGGUAAAUUCCAAGAGUCAUAUCAAGCAUAUUCUUGUGCCAUUAAUUUUAUAAAGAAAAAUAAAGUAAUCUUUUAUAUAUCAUCCGUUUAUACAUCGGUAAAAAGUAAAUUGAGAAUUUGAAUUCCCACAGUGAUUCUUAUGUUUGUUAUAUAAGAUGUCGCAAGUGAUUGCGGAAUUGAUAAGCUUAUUUCCAAGUAGUUUUAAGUAAUCAUCGAAAAUAUUAAAAUUCCAAUCGUUAUUUCUUAAAUUAAUAAACACAUAUUGAAUCAAUUUAGACAAUUCAAUGAAUAAACACUAGAAGAUAUGACUUAUAACUAAUAAUUAUAAAUCAUAAUUAAUUUUAAUGAAUAUAACAUGUAAUUAUUUUUUGCAUUUUAACCUGAUUGCUUAAAGAGCAAAUUUUUUUAACGUAAAACAACUUGGAAAUAAAGCCUUUAAUUAUCCAAAUUAUGUAAAAUAUUGCUCAGUUUUCUUGGAGAAGUACGUUCAAGCUUUUAAGACUCUCUCCUUCUUCAGGUUGUCAUUCUAUUUCGCUCCCGGAUCUCAUUUUAGGAUAACGACAACAACGACGACGACGGUAGUGCCCCGAUGACGGUAAUUAGUUGACGACGACAUAUUAUUACGUUUUCUCUUACACAAAAAACACAGAUCUUGAUCUAUUAUGCGAUCGUAGACUUAUUAUGGUGUACAUGUAUAUCAAGUACGAGUUCAAAAUCUAUCACGUAGUACAAAGAGAGAUGAUUAUGCGCUAUUUUAGUUUAUUAAGUUGUAUCAUAUAUCGAGAAAUAUCAAGACUAUAGUACUAUAUAUUAAUUGAUUCGGAAAUGUAUAAGACCAAGAUCGGUUAGCCCAGAAUUAAUUAAAUCAGACUAUUAGUGGAGGAGGAAGGGGGGUGGAGGACUGGUAUUAAUGGGGACAAGUGCCGGAUACGUUCUUUUUUUAACU